ACAACAAUUUCUUGGCCUAGGGUUUUAAGCUUCUGUGGGAACUCGAGGAAAACCGCAAUACUCUGCAAACCUCUGGAAAUCGACAAUGGCGAAAAAUAGAAACAACAAGAAGAAAAACGGUUCGAGAGAAAUGGCGAUCGACGUCUCCGUCGCCGAUCAUUCGGUUGGGGACGAGUCUCAAGCCAUGGACACGUCUGAGACUAUAGCUUCUAGUGGUUCUGCUGGUGGAUCCCUGAGGAAGAUGAAAAAGGGAAGACCGAUGAAGAGAUCAAAGAAUGUGCGGAAGAUGAAGGCAGUAGCUAAAGCUAUAUCUCAAAGUGAGAAGUCAGUGGAGAAAAUUUCAAAAAGUGAAGGCAAGACGUUGAGAAGUAAAUUCGCCAAGAAUCUUUAUGAUUAAUUAUCUUGUGUAAUGAAUCUUACUCAUGGAGAAGCCUUGAGUAUAGUCUGUGCAAUAUUUCUUGUUGUUUGUUGGUAACUGGUUAUAAUAGUUUCAAAAGUUUAGUGGUAAUUCAGUUUCA